UGCAGUACCAGAAAUUCAGUCUGCCAGACAUCUUGAAUCCAGUGUCAUUGCCAGUGGGCUCAAACCCAGGCGUCCUGGGUCUUCACUCCCUGCAGAGGCUCUAGGGAGGAAUCCCUGUCUUCCCAUUUCCCAGGUCCCCGACAUUCCUCAGCUUGUGGCUGCCUUGUCAUCCCAGCCUGCUCCUUGAUCACGUGGCCUUGUCUUCUGACCAGAUCAGUCUCCCUCUGCCUCCCUCUCAUGAAAAGACACCCAGAUGGUCUCCCCAUCUCAAGAUCUUGAUCACAUCUGCAAAAUCUGCACUGCCACAGGCGGAGCCAAUAUCAGCAUCCUAUAGGAGGAAGGACUUGCGGGGUGCGGGGGACCUCACCAUAGAUGCAGGACACAAAGGGGAGGGACAGUGGAAGCAUGGAAUUCUAGAUGGUUCUGGUUCCACGUGGUCAGGGAAGGGCAGCAGGUAGGGGCAGCCCCAUGUGUAGAGAUCUGGACACAUGGAAUCUGGAAUUGCAGAUAGUCCUGUGGAGUGCAGGUUGAGAGCUUGGGGGAGGUUAGUUAGGCUGGAAAACUGAGUGAGGCCUUCCCUGCAGGCUGCGACUGGGCUCGAGGUGCUUGUUGGGAAGAAGGAUACUAGGCAGGCGCUGAGUGAAGUCCUAUCCCCCAACCUGCCCACCAGCAUGGCCCUGGGAAGGAAACAGGCCAAGAGAAAUCCUCUGCUCAAGGCCACAUCACUGGUAAAUGGCAGAGGGAAGAUCUGGAUGAUUCAGAGGCUUUCAGAGUCGUCGAGGUCCCACCCGACACUCAGUCUGAUGCCCAUCCAGCCCUCCAACCACCUGGAAUGGAAUGAGCCUAUGCACUCCCUCCGGAUAAGUGUGGGGGGCCUUCCUGUGCUUGCAUCCAUGACCAAGGCUGCAGACCCCCGCUUCCGCCCCCGCUGGAAGGUGAUCCUCAUGUCCUUUGUGGGUGUUGCCCUCCUCUGGCUGUUCUACUCCCACCGUCCAGCCCCAGGCAGGUCCCCCACCCACAAUGCACACAACUGGAGGGUCGGCCAGGUGCCUGCCACUCAAUACAAUGACACUUACCCCCUGUCAGUCCCCCAGAGGACUCCAGGUGGGAUUCGAUACCGAAUCGCUGUCAUUGCUGACCUGGACACAGAGUCCAGGGCCCAGGAGGAAAACACCUGGUUCAGUUACCUGAAGAAGGGCUACCUGACCCUGUCGGACAGUGGGGACAAGGUGGCUGUGGAAUGGGACAAAGACCACACUGUCCUGGAAUCACACCUGGCGGAAAAAGGGAGGGGCAUGGAGUUGUCUGAUCUGGUGGUGUUCAAUGGGAAACUCUACUCCGUGGAUGACCGGACGGGAAUUAUCUACCAGAUCGAAGGCACCAAGGCCGUGCCCUGGGUGAUUCUGCCUGACGGCGAUGGAACCGUGGAGAAGGGCUUCAAAGCUGAGUGGCUGGCAGUGAAGGACGAGCGGCUGUAUGUGGGCGGCCUGGGCAAGGAGUGGACCACAGCCACUGGGGAGGUGGUGAACGAGAACCCUGAGUGGGUGAAGGUGGUGGGCAACAAGGGCAGCGUGGACCAUGAGAACUGGGUGUCUAGCUACAAUGCUCUGCGGGCUGCUGCGGGGAUCCGACCGCCAGGCUACCUCAUCCACGAAUCGGCCUGCUGGAGUGACACUCUGCAGCGCUGGUUCUUCCUGCCGCGCCGGGCCAGCCAUGAGCGGUACAGCGAAAAGGACGAUGAGCGCAAAGGCACCAACCUCCUCUUGAGCGCUGCCCAGGACUUCGGGGACAUCUCCGUCCGCCGUGUGGGCGAGGUGCUCCCCACGCACGGCUUCUCGUCCUUCAAGUUCAUCCCCAACACUGACGACCAGAUCAUUGUGGCCCUCAAGUCUGAAGAGGACAGCGGCAUGGUGGCCACCUACGUCAUGGCCUUCACAUUAGAUGGGCGCUUCCUGCUGCCCGAGACCAAGAUCGGAAACGUGAAGUAUGAAGGGAUAGAAUUCAUUUAAAUUAAGGCAUUCCGACAUUGGGGACGGCUGAGAUAGUCUUCACUGCAUCAGGACUGCAGUUUUAUAAAAACCAGAGGACUGCACUUUUUUUUUGUCUUGUUCUUUUUGUAACCACGAAGUGUGUGCCUGGCUGAGGGAUUUCCAGAAUGAGGAUUCAGUCCCAGCCGUAUGAAGCAGACGAAAAUGACAUGGGAGGUUGAUGUCCUGGAGCUGGGACAGGGUAAGGUCCAUGGUCCAGCGCAGCCCCUCAGGGUUCCUCUUUCAGGGCCUCUCAGCACUGCCACCUGGUGGUGGAGACUGAUCACUGUAGACACCUCGAUAGGGGACUGACCUUGAAUUCUGCCCUGCUCCUCUUCCAUCUGAGCUCCCUUUCCUGACUUUCCAUGAGUUCUCUGUUCAGUAAAUAUUUCAGGAGCACCUGCGAUGUUAGGCGCUGUGCCCCACACUGGGAAUAGCAGUGAGCAUGUCCUGGGCCUGCCCACUAGGGACUCCAGGCCAUCCCUCUUUGUGCUCCUGUGGGAGCCCUGGGCAUUCCUUGCAUCCUGCUGACCUUGGAAGUUAAAUGUUUACACUGCAGGAUUCAGGCACAGUGAGGGUGGUCUGUAGGAACACACCCACCUGCACUGCCCAGAGAGCCACACGUGAAAUGGUGGAACUUCCCUUGCCAGGGACUCUUUCUCCCUUCUGGAAAAUUCUGUGCCAUAUAGCACUUUGAGGUUUUAAUUAUUAACUUAUUUUUAUUGAGGCAGUUUCCUCUCUCAUAAAACAAAAUCACCAGAUCUUAUCAGAGCAAAGUCAUAGCAGAUUUGCUCCCAGCCUUGAGGAAAUUAUAACUAGGCAGCCACAGUUGGCAAAGCCAGUUCACAGUAAAGGUUCCUGAGUCCUUGGCGCACUGCCUUUUUCUAGCAACUUGCAGAAAGUGCCAUGUCCUUCAAGACUCAUUAAUGACUUGAAUGUGUUACUGUCUGCCCCAGGAGGGGACCUAGGUUUCAGUAGCGCUGCAGUUGACCCCUGGCCCAGGCCUGCUUCAUUCUGGAGAUGAUUCCUGUCAUUUCCUGGGGUCUCCACAACCACCACCUCUUCCCAGUGGAAGCUUCACACAGACCUUGGCUCCUUAUAGGUCCCUGCUAUCUCCUCUUGAUGCUCUGGAGCAGAGGCAGGGGGUCUGAAGACUGGCAGGACUGAAGUUGAGAAGGGACAUCACAGCUCUCCUCCCCAUGGCAACUACCUCACCUCACCUCACCCCUCAGGAUAGUAGAGGCACCGUGUUGGGGGGAGGCUCCUGGGCUGUGAUCAGCCCUGUGUUGACCUUCGUAGACCGUUUCCACAUAGGAACUCCAGGAUGGCUGCUAGGAAGAGCCAGUCAGUGACCUCUUUCCUGGAUCUGAACCUCACGCUACAGGACAGCAGCAAAAAACAAUGCCACAUUAUUGAGUGACAUUUUUCUAGAGCUUGGCUCCUGCUGGGCCCAGCUCGGAAGACCCACAUCUCUUGUACCUGUGCCUGGCUGGGCAGUCUGACUCCCUCAAUAAAUCUCAGUGAUGUUAGGUUAUGUGAUUUUAAAAAUAGAGUUGAACUUAGGAAUGGGGAGGACUUGGAACAGUCACUCAAUUGAAACAUUUCUAAUUUGUCUGUUGGCCCAGAGUUGAGCAGCAUUUUCACACAGUGAUUUUUUAAAGAUUUUAAAAGCUAGCCUUUCUUUCCUUCUGUAAUUGCUACUGUCAGCAUAAUGAUUGUGUUCCUGUCCUUCAAAUCCAUUUGUUUUGUAAACAAUAAAGUGUCAGAAGGAAAUGAC